AUGACCAACUUUUUCGAGUUUACUGUUAAAGACAUCAAGAACCAAGACUGGGAUCUCUCGACAUUGAAGAACAAUGUCGUUUUGGUUGUCAAUGUCGCGUCCAAGUGUGGCUUCACCAAGCAGUACUCUGGUUUGGAAGAGCUUUACAAGAAAUACAAGGAUCGUGGCUUUACUAUUGUUGGAUGUCCUUGCAACCAGUUUGCCGGUCAAGAACCCGGCAGCGAAGAAGAAAUCCAAAACUUCUGCAAGCUCAACUACGAUGUCAGCUUCCCCCUUACUGCCAAGCUGCAUGUGAACGGUGACAAAGAGGCUCCCUUGUACAAGUUUUUGAAGGAAUCUCAACCAGGCUUGCUCGGCAUGAAGCGUAUCAAAUGGAACUUCGAGAAAUUCUUGGUUGAUCGUGAAGGCAACGUUGUCAAGCGCUAUGGCUCCAUGACCGAUCCCUCUUCCAUUGGUCCUGAUAUCGAAAAGCUUCUGUAA